AUGGAAGAGAAAAACCAACAUCUCCUUCAACCUCUCAUAAAACCAACCACAAAAAACUCUGCCAUAUACCCCUCUUCCAAUCUUGAAGUUGAUGAAAAUAGCCACAAAAGCACUUCAUCAAAUACAAGUAUAUUUCUUAGGCUUGUUGUGGUCAUUUUUGCAAUAGUAGUCUCCUUAUGGGCAAAUUAUGAAGCCUCCAAAGGUUUUUCCAUAACAAUUGUCAAUGAAGCUGAUGCUACAUUUGCAAAGAGGCGUUUUGAUCUCUUUUUCGUAUCGAACGAUGAAGCCACACGUUUACUUUUGAAGACAAGUAAAUUUGUCGAAAAUAUUCUUUACCCUACUAGUGAUGAUGAUUUUGGCCAACCCCAGAUCAAGAAGCAAGUUAAACAUGUCAUACUCCGGCUAUCUAGCCGGAAUAUGACUCGUCCAAUCAUCGUUGAGUCCCGUGACAACAACGAUGAGUUUGUUCUACGUAUAAGUCCUUCAAUUUUGUAUAGUCCAAAUUAUAAGCAUGCCAUGUUUUUGGCACUUCAAAAAGGCAUGGCGCGUAUAUGGCUAUGGAAUGGUCAAGGCAAUGCCCCGGCUAGUCUUGUAAAUGGAAUGAUUGAGUAUAUUACUAGUUUAGCUAGUUAUGGACGUGCAAUAUCAGAAUCUGAAUCAGUUGAGCCAGUGACAAUAGGACGGAGUUGUUGGAAGAGCAAGAAUUCAAGAACCAUAGCAAAGUUUUUGAAUUAUAGUGAGGGGAAAAGAGAAGGAUUUGUUAGAAGAUUGAAUCAAGCAAUGAAAAAUGGUUGGCAUGAGAAAAUGAUUGAUGAUACAUUAGGAAUACCAGCUUGGCAUCUAUGUGAAACUUAUAAUUCUUCAGGUAAAUUGUUAAAUUCUGUGUAA